UUGCUGACUUGACGGAAUUGUUUAAACCUAGAGGCAUUGGGGGUUUAGUAUUGGGAGGAGGAGGAGGAAGAACAAGAAGAAGAAGGAGAAGGAGAAGGAGAGGAAGAAGAAGAAGAAGAAGGAAAACCCUCAUCCUGAUACUCCCCAGUUUUGUUGCGCCGUUUAACAGCGCAGCUCCCGGCUGAAGUGUGCGCUUCGUAUCCGCACUGGAAACAGAAAACACACACUCCUGCCAUUAAAAACUGUGUGUGUGUGAGUGAGUGUGUGUGUUGGUGUAGUCAUGAAUUACACCUGAGCGGGCAUGUAGUUACCCGGGUUCCUGGGCGUGGGAAGGAGGAAGAAAGCAGCCUGUCGACUUGUUUGUCGUGGGAAUAUUGUUGAAGUUAACUUCAGCAGUGACUGCGGCGGCUGCGCAGCUCAGCCAGACAUUUAUUUCGCUCCAGUUUGACUCGUCCAGAGCAGUUUGCUCACAUCAGGAUGUACAUUUGGGAACUUUUUUUGAAGGACCGUUGACACAGAGGACGGGUUUUUAUUUUCUAACUUUUGAUACCUUUUGCGGAAUACAGACAGACAACACGGCUGUACAGUGAGAGGGAUAUCAGCGGCAAAUCCAGAGGAGAGGAGAGUGAGGUGGUUCAUGUCAUCAGAGUUCAACAGGCCUGAACGCCGAACAGGAGAGUGAGGUGGUUGAUGUCAUCAGAGAUCAACAGGCCUGAACACUGAACAGUUUUUCCACCAGACAUGAUGGAGCGGUGGUGGGCGUGGCAGUUUGCCCUGUUGGCCCUGGCAACCAUUUACCUCAGCCCCUCCCACGGCAAAAACGCAGAGUUCCUCUCUGACACUCUGAUCAACAACGUGGUGGCCGAUCCUCGUACGGGCCGGCUGUACGUCGGCGCCGUCAACACCCUCUACCAGCUGAACUCUGACCUCGAGGUCGAGUCCCGCACCGAGACGGGCCCCAAGCAGGACAACCGACAGUGCACGCCGCCCGUCACCGACGCCUGCGAGGAGGCCGUGGACACCGACAACCACAACAAGCUGCUGCUGGUCCAGGGGGCUAAGGAUGUGCUGGUGGUCUGCGGCAGCGUCUUCAGAGGCAUCUGCUCUCUGAGGAACCUGAGCAAUGUGGAGCAGCUGCUGUACUUCAGCGACACCAAAGGAGAGAAGUCGUACGUGGCGAGCGCCGAGGAGAGCGUCUCUGUGGUGGGAGUGAUGUCCUACUUCACCAAGGAUAGAGACAACUUCACCGUGUUCCUGGUUGGUAAGGGGUACGGCAGCCACGACAGCACCAAGCUGAUCUCCACCCGCAUCCUCCAGGACUAUGGUGAUUGGGUGGUUUUCGACAGCAUCAUCGAGGCCUCAGCGGUCCAGGCCAACCCCUUCGUCCUGCGGUACCUCCACGACUUCCGCUUCGCCUUCAAAGAUGGCGGCUUCGUGUACUUCCUGUUCUCGCGGACGCUGGGGGUUCAGGACACCAAGAACUUCACCUUCAUCUCCAGGAUGUGCGAGGACGAUCAGGGUUAUUACUCCUACACAGAGCUGCAGCUCAACUGCAGUGCCUCCAACAAGUACAACAAAGCUCAGGCUGCCUAUGUAUCAACACCGGGUGAAGUUUUGGCUCAGACUAUGACCAAAUCGGGCCAGUAUGGAGCAGUUUCAGCCUCCGACAAGGUGCUGUUUGUCACCUUCACCUCUGAUGAAGACCCAUCUAAUUCCGCCUUGUGUAUGUACCCUCUGCGCUCUAUUAAUAAGAGGCUGGUGGAGAUAAUAGGAGCCUGUUACAGCGACAACGGUAUCAUUAACGAGAGGGCUGCUGUCUACUCACCUUACUCCUCCAAGUCUGAAGACCUGUGCAGCAAUAAUCAGAAUGACAUGGCCCUCAGAUACAAGUGUGGAGCCGAGUUCCUGCCCUCCCCAUUGGCCAGCAAGGCAGAGUUCGCCUUAACAGCUGAGCCCCUGAGGGUCCGUAAGGGUUACAUGACCGCCGUGGCUGUGGCUGUGGAAAUGGGGCACGCUGUGGCGUUCCUGGGCACCGCCACUGGAGAGGUGCUGAAGGUGCAUCUGUCUGCCCAUCCUGAGGUGUACGGGCGAGCGACAGGCGAAGUCACGGGAGACAAGGUCAACAAGAACCUGCUGUUCGAUUCCAGCCUCCAACACCUGUACAUCACCACCGAGAAAAAGAUCACCAAGGUUCCAGUCCAGGCCUGCCACCUGAAGACAGACUGCCACUCCUGCGUCUCGAUGAAGGAUCCCUACUGUGGCUGGUGUGUCCUGGAGGGAAAAUGCACCAGGAAGCAGGAGUGUAGUAGGAAUACAGAGGAAAACACCUGGCUGUGGUCACCCAAUCAGCAGUGUGUUCAGAUCCAGGCCUUCAACCCGCUGAACCUCAGCUGCAAGAAGACACAGCAGGUUGAUAUCAAGAUACCCACCCUCCCCAGCCUGGGGCAAUCUGAUAGGCUGCACUGUGUUUUCGGCUCUUUCAUUAGUGAAGCCGUGAUGAACAUUGACGGUCAGGUACAAGUCACCUGUUCGCUGCCGGACCCCGUGGAAAUCCCACCCACUCCCGACCAGCAGGACUAUGUGUCCGUCCCAGUCAAGGUCCUGGUGAACGACGAAAUUGAGGUGACGUCUGGAGAAUAUCACUUCUACAACUGUGCUGCUACAGUCAGGAAGAACCAAAACACACCGUGUAUAGUGUGUGUGACCAGUGAAUGGGGCUGUCAGUGGAACGCUCAGGAUCACAGCUGCAGUGACAGAGAUGAUGCUGUAGAUGGUCACAUAAUUAAACCACAACAGCCUGACAGUUGUCCUCAGUUUGAGUCUCCGGAGCCACUGUUGAUCCCUGUGGGCUUUGAAAUCCCCAUCAGCUUCCAGGGAAGAAACCUGGACAUCUACAUGGGCCAGAGGUUUACCAUCGGGACGGAGCUAAUGAAGCUCACAGAGAAGACGGUCAUACAGGAGCAGGGGUCACAGUUCAAAUUCACAGGUUAUGAGUUUGCCUAUGACAAGCAGCAGGAGGUGAACAUAUCCUUCCAUAUCAAAGACAGAGACACUGAGAGGAAGAUUGACAGCACCCUGACAGUCGUGCUGUAUAACUGCUCAGUGGGAAGAGAAGACUGCAGUCUGUGUAAAAACGCCGACAACACAUAUCAGUGCGUUUGGUGCGCAACCUCACGCACCUGUGUUUACCGGGAGCUCUGCCAGUCACCAAAGCCGGCACAUUGCCCCAACCCGGAAAUCACAGAUAUCAUCCCUCGCUUCGGCCCUCUUAACGGUCGGAUCUCAGUGACCAUCAAAGGCUCCAACAUGGGAAUAAAGAAGGAAGACAUCAAGAAGAUCACAGUGGCAGGAGUGGACUGUGUUCACCAGGAGGACAGAUACUCCGUCUCUACCAGCGUGGUGUGUGAGAUCGGCCCAGCGAGGCGAAAACCACCGUCUGACCUCCCGUUUGAAUCAAGCAACAGUGGAGCAGUGGAGAUAGAAGUAGAGGGAGGCAGAAGAGGGACGUCCCAGGUCUUUUUCACCUAUCGGGACCCCAAACCAGUCGCCGUCCACCCAGCGAAGGGUCCGGCGGCCGGAGGAACCCUGAUCACCAUCGAGGGAGAAGACCUGAACACUGCAACUAAAGACGACGUCACCGUCACUGUGGGGGGAGUUAUCUGCGAAGUCCUGUCGUUCGGUGCACAGAUCACCUGUAAGACCGGGGGGUAUCGUGGGCAGAAGGUGCCCUCUGACCUGUUAACGGUGACGGUGAAAUACGGUAGAAACACCACCAAAGACGUCCCGGCUGCAUACCAGUACUCUGAAAACCCCAAGAUCACAGAUUAUUACCCCAAGGACAGCUUCGUGUGUGGUGGUCGAAGGAUUGUGGUGGUGGGAAACGGCUUUGACCUGAUCCAGAGAGCCACGAUGAAAGUCCUGCCCUCCGCUGACGAUCUUUCACAGAACAACACUCCUGUAGAGUUUGUCCAGGAUGCUCUGAGUAAGAACGACACUGUCCUCCAGUUUUACUCUCCGCCGGUGAACUGCUGCUUCGACAGCCAGUCUCUCAGGACGGUUCUCCAGCUGGACAACGUGAUGGAGGAUCUGAAGAGCUUCAACUAUCACCCCGACCCCACUUUCAACAAACUCGCCAAGAACGUCAUCACCGAGACCAGCAUCAUCAUCGUGACUGGUCGAGGUUUCUCCAAAGCGAUGACGGCCAAAGAGGCCCAGGCGUUUGUUGGAGAUGCCUCCUGCCACGUUAACAUACUGCAGGAUGAUAAGUUGAUCCUGGAGGCUCCUUCAUCACAGCCCAGAGCCAGGUCCAAACGCCAGCGCAGAGACGCAACCAACGACCUGCUGGAGCUAAUGGUAAAGUUUGGUCAUGGUGAGUGGAAGGUGGGUUCAGUCUACUACGCCAGAAAAGAGGACAUUCCUCUGGCUAUAAUCAUCCCUGCAGUUAUCGUACCGAUGCUGCUCUUCAUCGCCGUGUCAGUCUACUGCUACAGGAGGAAGAGUCAGCAGGCAGAACGCGAGUACGAGAAGGUGAAACACCAACUGGAGAAUCUGGAGGAAAGUGUCCGCGAUCGAUGCAAGAAAGAGUUCACAGAUCUGAUGAUUGAAAUGGAGGACCACACCAGUGACCUGAGCGAGGCCCGGAUCCCCUUCCUGGACUACAAAACCUACACCGACCGAAACUUCUUCCUGCCCUCCAAGGACGGCACCAAUGACGCCAUUAUCACAAGAAAAAUACAAAUCCCAGAAGCGCGCAAGGCCAUCGUGGCUCAGGCACUUAACCAGUUCUCCAACCUGCUGAACAGUAAAACCUUUCUCAUCAAUUUCAUCCGCACGUUGGAGAGUCGUCCGGACUUCAACGCCCGGGCUCGGGGUUAUUUCGCCUCCCUGCUGACGGUGGCGCUGCACGGAAAGCUGGAGUAUUAUACGGACAUCAUGAGGACGCUGCUGCUGGAGCUGAUGGACGAACACGUGCAGAACAAAAACCCCAAACUCAUGCUCAGGAGGUCAGAGACGGUGGUGGAGAGGAUGCUUUGUAAUUGGAUGUCCAUCUGUCUCUAUCAGUUCCUCAGGGACACGGCGGGAGAGCCUUUAUACAAACUGUUCAAGGCCUUGAAGCACCAGGUUGAGAAGGGACCAGUGGACGCCAAGAUGAAGAAAGCCAAAUACACACUGAACGAUACAGGACUGCUGGGGGACGACGUUGAGUACUCUGUGCUGACUCUGCAGGUGUUGGUGCACGGGGAGGGACCAGAUGUGACUCCAGUGAAGGUGCUGAACUGUGACACCAUCUCCCAGGUGAAAGAGAAGAUCAUCGAUCAGGUCUACAGGAAUCUGCCAUACUCACAGAGACCAAAGGUGGAGAGUGUUGCACUGGAGUGGCGCCCGGGCUCCACGGGUCAGAUCCUGUCCGACCUCGACCUGACCUCCCAGAAAGAAGGACGCUGGAAGAGACUCAACACACUGGCUCAUUACAAUGUUCGGGAUAACGCCACGUUGGUUCUGUCCAGAGUUUUGCACACACAGUCCUUCCACCAGCACCAAGACAGCCAAGAAGAGAAAAACGCCCUGCUGGAAGACGACAACACCUUCCACCUGGUGAGGCCGGCAGAUGAAAUCGAUGAAGUGAAGUCAAAGAGAGGCAGCAUGAAGGACAAGGCGAUGACCAAAGCCAUCACUGAGAUCUACCUGACCAGGCUGCUGUCUGUCAAGGGCACUUUGCAGCAGUUUGUGGAUGAUUUCUUCCGCAGCGUGUUGUGCUCAGGCUCCGUCGUCCCUCCUGCCGUCAAAUACUUCUUUGAUUUCUUGGAUGAACAGGCGCUGAGACACGACAACGUGGACGAGGAGACGCUGCAUAUCUGGAAGACUAACAGCUUGCCUCUGCGGUACUGGGUGAACAUCCUGAGGAACCCCCACUUCAUUGUCGACGUCCACGUGACGGAGGUGGUGGAGGCUUCACUGCAUGUCAUCUCUCAGACUUUCAUGGAUGCCUGCACCAAGACGGAGCACAAACUCAGCAGAGACUCUCCCAGUAACAAGCUGCUCUAUGCAAAAGAGAUUUCCACGUACAAGAAGAUGGUUGACGAUUACUACAAGGGCAUCAGACAGAUGGUUCCAGUCAGUGACCAGGACAUGAAUACACACCUUGCUGAGGUGUCCAGGCAACACACAGACAAGCUGAACACCCAGGUGGCCUUACAUCAGCUGUACCAGUACGCCAGCAAGUACUAUGACGUGAUCAUCCAGUCGCUGGACGAGGACCCAGCAGCCCAGAAUAAACAGCUCACCCUCCGCCUCCAACAGAUCGCUGCCGCCCUGGAGAACAAGGUCACUGACCUUUGACCUCUGACCUCAUGGAGGGGUCAGGGGGAGGAGCUAAUGGCUACUAAAACACAGGAUGUUGUUUUCCAUUUAAGGACUCAAAGGAGGACGAGCUCACAGACUCUACCGAAUGUUGACCAUGUAAGAACGGAAGUGGGAGGGGCUAGUGGAGACACAGGAAACUGUUGACCACAUAAGGACUGAAGGGGGUUAAAAUAUGCCCAGAGUGGUGGAAACUGAAGUGCUGAUAUCUACAACAGUUAUAUGGCGUACUUCCACUUGGCAUCCCAAAAUAAAUAUCAAGGAGGGAUGCAAAAUGGCGACCGUAAUAUGGCUGCAGAUGGGAGCUCUGUGAAAUCAAAGGGUUAUUUUUUUAAUCGUAGUUAGGGCAGUUGGUUUGUGUAAUCCUCGCACCUAGCUGUUUCUGUGUUUGGCUUCUCUACACCACAAAUUUAAAUUUUACCAUAUAAGGACUGAUGAAAAAAGGUCCACACAAGGUAUAAAGAUUCAAGAAUUUUGGAUAAUUGAAGAAUAUAAGUGAAGUAAGGACACAUUACCAAAUAUUUUCUUUUUGCUACUCAGCCCUUUUGGAAGUUCGGAUUGGAAGUACAGAUGCUCCAGGAUGCUUUGUGACCACUUUUUGCGUGUGUAUGAACUGCGGAUGUGAGGUGAAUUUGCCUCUAACUCCUGAUCUGAGGUCAGUUUUUCUGUCUCCAUGCUAAACGGUAACCAGGAAAUCUGAUCCCUUGUCAGCAACAGAGAACAGUUAUAGUCCUAAAGCAUGAAAAUGCUUUGAUGAACUUUUACCUUCAAGCAAGCUCAAAUAAAAAUAAUCGACCAAUGAAAACCCACCACGGUACACACCACUGGCCAAUCAGAGGUCUUGGUUUGUCUUGAAGGCACAACUGAUGAGAGUGAAAUCAGGGUACGAUGAGUUGAAUUAGUCCAAAAAUCAAACCGCUACACAGACUUUUCUUGUAUCAUGGCCAAAUGUUGUUUUUCAUAUCAGAUUAGCUGCAGUGUGUGUUUCUAUGCUGAUGACAGUGUGCUGGUGACUCAAAUCACAGCUGAAUAAUUUCACACCGUUUAGUUUAUUAUUAUUCUUCAUAUGCAGACUUUAAGCAGAGGCUUUGCAUUUCCAUAUACAACAUGAAAUUUAUCUUUUGAAUGGACUGACACCAUGCCACUUAGUUUGUUCUUUUGUAAAGUGUUGAUCAGGGUGGUCGAUAAUGUCAUAUCCUGUGUGUAAGUGUGUGUUCAAUAGUUAUCAACACCGUUGCCACUCUAUUGCUGAAGACCAGCUUGUUUUUACUUUCUGUGAAAAAUCAUGACUGCUUAAUCAUGUGGUCUAAACAGCCAAACACUUUUAUUGUUAAGUGUGAUUUGAUUUUUUUUUAAUAAUGUAUAAUUUCACUUCUUUUGCAAUACUCCCUUCAUAUAUAAUGCUGCAUUUUGUUUCCUACUUUUCUGUUUAACUGCACACAGGGAGGAAAUGUGUCUUCUGAAGACAGGGUAUCCAUGGAUCCUUCAAAAAGGCUUAAAAUAAAUCUAAAAUUAAAGUGGUAAAGUGUUAAAAAUGUAUUAAAUCCAGUUAUAAUAGGUCCCAUUUGUCCAUUGUCAAUGUUCUUAGAGCUGCAAGAUGACAAACAAAUAUGCAUCCAAUGCGACUAGACUAUUAGACAGUUUUACUUCAAUUGAUUUCAGCAGGGUAAUGCAGUCAGUAUCAGUACUGCUUUCCAGGGAGUCUAAGGUACAUACAUUUAAAUCACACACAAAAAUCUGGAUGUCUCCUAACAAUUAAUUGUUCUAUAUUUUUGUGCAAAUAAUUGUUACGCAGCACCUGCAAAGACUUUAUGCAUGUGCCUCCUGAUGAUUGCCUGCUCCUUAUUCUGCCCAUUAAAUGUUUCAUAAUGUU